AUGAAUCAAUCAAGAAAAGCUACCAAAGUCGCCUAUCAACGAUUGAAGGAGUUGGUUAAGUUUGGAAAGUUUGUUGAAGUUGAAGAUACUCCUGCUGCUAGUUCCAUUAAUGCUGAGGUUGCCAAGGAACAUGUGGCACCUAAACCAAAAUUUCAAUUUGCAUUUCAAGAGGUUGAAAUUUCUGAUGAUGAUGAUGAUGAUGAUGAUGAUGAUGAUGUUAAUAAUGAUGAUGAUGAUGAUGAUGAUGAUGAUGGUAUGGAUUUUUGUAUGUUUGUACCAUCAAAGGAGCCAGUCAAUGAGGCUGUGAUCUCUCCAGCUGAGACAGAGAAAGAAAUAAACAUUUUCAAGCAACCAAACGAUCCUACACCCGAACAGAUGGAAGCCCUUAUUGAACAAUUACAGUCAACUGCGAGGAAGCCUCCCCAAGCAGUUCCGGUUACUCCUGCGUCUCCAUCUGGGAGUGAUAAAGAAAAUUCAAGUGCCUCCUUGAUGCCAAGUAAGCGUAAAAGAAGAGAUCCAAGGCCGGGAGUGCUUAUCUCAGACCAAGUCCAAAAGGAAUUUUCAACGAUUGAGCUUGAUUCUAUGGCUCAAAACAUACCAAGCCCUGUCACUGAGUCCAUUCCAGUGAUUCAAGAGAUUUCAAGCCUGUUACCUGAGUCUUCUCCUAUGGAUCAGGACUUUCAAAUCCCUAUUAUUGAAGAUGUAGUUUUGUCUUCUGAAGGUGCUCAAGCUUCUGGAAGCUCCUUUGAAGCCCUUGAGCUGGAUAUUUCAAAAGGCAAAAGCAAGCUACAUGAGUCAGAAUUUGUGGAUGUCGCUCUGCUUCAGAACAAAGUUUUUGAUUUGGAACAGAGCUCAGCAGAAAAGGAUUUGAUUAUUGGAAAGCAGGACAUUAGAAUUAGUGAUCUUGAAAAGGAGAACUCCAUUAAAGAUGCAAAGAUUUCAUAA